AUGAGUACCUCAACUUCCACCAAAUCUUCAAAUACCAGUGUCGUGGAUAUCGAUCCUUCUUUCACUCCUCGAAAUGAUACCAUCUCGCGCAUUAAGCAACAUCUCAAGCGUACCCAGCAAAAAUGGGGACCCCUGAUGGCUGCCAAGGAGUCCUGGGAGGACGAAUACAACUUCCCUCCUGGAAGGUAUGCUGGCCAAGACGACCGGCCGAUCAUUCGCCAAAAAUCCGUUGAUGGUGAGACUUGA